AUGGAGAUCUUGAAGGAUGGACAAAGAAACUGGACUGAUCAGGUUCCUGCCGAUAUUCUAGAGUACAUAGCAAGCAAGGUAGAUAGUUUAGGUAUUUGUCGACCAGGAGACCAAGCAUGGACCUGCUUUACGAUUAGGUCCCUUAAUGGCGAUGGCGAGGGCCAGGAAGAGGAGGAGGAGGAGGAGGAAGGCGAGGGUGAUGAUCAAGAAGAGGGAGAGGGAGAGGAGGAGGAGGAAGGCGAGGUUGAUGAUCAAGAAGAGGGAGAGGAGGAGGAGGAGGAUCCGGAGGAGGAUGGGGGAUGUGCACGUGGAUAUCCCAUUAAUAAAGAUGAUGAUGGGCAGGCUAAGGAGGAUGACAAUGAGGAGGAGAUAGAGGAGGGCUUGGAUGAUGAAGGUGAAACGUUCAUAGUUUUUAAGCUUGAUGAUGAAACAAGUGAUCCUGCUAAAUGGGUUAGGCUGGAAAACAUAGGCAAUCAGAUUAUAUUCCUGGGAAGAAAUCACACCAAAUGUGUUCCUGCCAUUGAUUUUCCAGGCUUUGAAGGAAACUGUGUCUAUUACUCAUGUGACCUAUGGAACCAUUUUCGUGUGCUUCCUAUGGAUCAACGUGACUAUGCAGACAUGGGAGUAUACGGUUUAGGAAGAAGAGUUAAAGAGGAGUUUUUCCCGGAAAAUUAUGGAGCCUUCAUGCCGAAUUCAGAGCAUUCAGUCAAGUAUCCACCUAUAUGGAUUACACCAAAUCCAUGGUAA